AUAAACAUCAAUCCUCUAUAAUCAGAAUAAUAAUAAAAAAAAACUUCCACAAUGACUGCCACUACUGUUUUCGUUUCCGGUGCUAACGGUUUCAUCGCUAGCCAUGUUGUCAAACAAUUACUUGAAAAAGGUUACAAUGUUGUUGGAUCGGUUAGAUCCGCCUCCAAGGGUGAUAAGUUGAAAGAAUUGACUAAAUCAGAUAACUUUUCCUAUGAAGUUGUUCCUACUCUUGAUGCCGAAGGUGCCUUUGAUGAAGCCCUCAAGAGACAUCCUGAAGUCACUGUUUUCUUGCACACUGCCUCCCCAGUUACCUGGGAAGCUACUGAUUUCGAAAAGGAAAUCAUCCAACCAGCCAUCAAAGGUACCAAGAAUGCUCUUGCUGCUAUUAAGAAAUACGCACCUCAAAUUGAACGAGUAGUUGUUACUUCUUCCAUAGCUGCUGUUGCCGAUCUCCAAAGCGAUCCAAAAAAGAUUUAUGAUGAAGAUAGCUGGAAUUCUAUCACCUACGAACAAGGUUUACAAAAUGGUAUUUUAGCUUAUGUUGCUUCUAAAAAGUUUGCUGAAUUGGCUAUUUAUGACUUCAUUAAAGAGGAAAAGCCAACUUUUAAAGUCUCAACAGUUCAACCAGUGUAUGUAUUUGGUCCUCAAGCUUAUGGUAUUGAUGGUGCAUUGAACGUUUCUGCCCAAUUUGUUAAUUCGAUUGCUCAAUUAGGUCCUCUGGAUAAGAUCACAGAACAAUCAGGCUCUUUUAUUGAUGUUAGAGAUGUCGCUAAGGCUCAUAUAGUGGCAUUUGAAAAGGAUGAAGCUAUUGAUCAAAGAUUGGUUUUGGUCAGUGAACCAUUUUCAUUUGAUGGUAUUGCUCGUGUUAUCAAUGAAAACUUCCCUGACUCCAAGGUUCCUAAAGGUGAUUUAGCCAAGGAUGAAGAAUUAAAGAAGAAUGUUCAUAAUUAUAAUACCUCCAAAACCCACAAGAUCCUUGGAUUUGACUUUAUUCCUUUUGAACAAUCCAUUAUUGAAUCUGUUAAGCAAAUUUAUGAAUCAAAGUAAUAAUCACUUUCUGGUAUAUAAUAUAUUAAAUAUUAAAGUUUUAUAUUCACGAAUAUUAUAAAUGUAACUAGUUG